UUUUUAUACAAAUCUCUCUCUCUCCGUGCAGUGUAUCGCGUAGUCGUAGUUGAGCUCCGCUGAACCCUAGCCCUAACUUUCGCUCUCGCUCUCGCUCUCGCUCUCGCUCCCGUGAAUUCACCAUCUCUCGGCGUUUACCCUUCGCCCUCGCCCCCGGUUCCGGAGUCUGUGGCGGCGUGCUAUGGUGAUAGAGAACCACCUGAAGAAGUCGCCGUUGAGGAUUCGGCUCCGGGUGACAGCGAGGAAGAAAGGUUGGAAGUUGCUCGCAGGAGAGGGAUCGGACCAGAAGCGAAAGCGGCAGGAGUGUCUCAACACAGUGAGGAAGCUCCAGCGACGGGAGAUCGGGGGGUUCCCCCAGCUGUCCCGUGGCAGCGCCGCCGUCACGCCCGAGAAGUUCCGGAACAUCCAGCUCCAGGAAGAGUUUGACACAUACGACCCUAAUAUCCACUGGUUUCUGAAACUGCAAUUUCUGAAGAAGAGGUCCAAGAUUAUUGAGAUUGUCGCAGCAAAUGAUCUUAUAUUUGCUCUUGCUCAAUCGGGUCUUUGUGCUGCUUUUAGUAGAACAACAAACAAACGGAUAUGCUUCUUGAACAUAAGCCCUGAUGAAGUCAUCAGGAGCUUAUUUUAUAAUAAGAACAAUGAAUCUCUCAUCACCGUGUCAGUUUAUGCAUCAGAUCAUUUCAGUUCUUUGAAAUGCAGGACAACUCCAAUUGAAUACAUUAGGAGAAACCAGUUGGAUGCCGGGUAUCCUCUUUUUGAAACUGAAUCCUUAAAAUGGCCAGGAUUUGUUGAAUUCGAUGAUGUAAAUGGCAAAGUGCUAACCUAUUCAGCCCAGGAUGGCAUUUACAAGGUUUUCGACCUAAAAAACUACUCCUUUCUCUACUCUAUCUGCGACAAGGAGAUCCAGGAAAUUAAAAUAAGCCCUGGCAUCAUGUUGUUAAUUUACCAAAGAACUCUGAGCCAUGUACCACUGACAAUACUCUCAAUCGAAGAUGGCAAAGUCUUGAAAUCUUUUAAUCACUUGCUGCACCGCAACAAAAAGGUUGACUUCAUUGAACAGUUCAAUGAAAAACUUUUGGUCAAGCAAGAAAAUGAGAACCUACAGAUUCUCGAUGUGAGGAAUACCGAACUUGUUGAAGUUAGCAGGAAUGAGUUCAUGACCCCUUCCGCAUUCAUUUUCCUCUAUGAGAAUCAUCUUUUCUUGACGUUCAGAGACAGGACGGUGUCAGUAUGGAAUUUCUGCGGGGAGCUAGUUACUUCGUUCGAAGAUCAUCAACUGUGGCAUCUUGAUUGUAACACCAACAACAUUUACAUUACCAGUGAUCAGAACCUGAUAAUCUCUUACUGCAAAUCUGAAGAUGGGUGUGACGACAAGGAAGGAGCACUUCCUAUUGGCUCCAUCAAUAUGAGCAACAUUCUCACUGGGAAAUGCAUAGCUAAAAUAUGUCCGCUUGAUCCCACACUCCAGGUCGCUUCUAGAAAGCGUAGAGAUGACAACCGUUCUACCAUCAGAAGCACCAUCAGGGAGUCUCUGGAAGAUGUCACUGCCCUCUUUUACGACGAGGAACGGAACGAGAUCUACACCGGCAACAAGCAAGGUUUGAUCCAUGUCUGGUCUAACUAGAUAGAAUUACCCUGUCUAUGCCUGUUUAUAGUGUGGGUCUGCUCGAUGGAGACCUACCUGCAUGUCUGUGUUCUAUCGUAGUUGUAAUAGUAUUGUAUCGUUCGAGAUAGGCUUAAUAUCUCUCUGAAAUGGCGCCCCUAAGCAAAAAUAAUAUACUUGCGGUUUUAGGCUAGCGUAAUUUGUAUUCUGUAUAUCUCCCGAAUUUAUUAGCAAAAUUCUUUCUGUCGUGAUAGAUCUGUUUAAAGACUCGAGAUUAUACUUUUUGUAUAGACUAAAACUUCCAUACAAUGGUUGCCAUUUUCUA